AUGGCGUACGUCGACGCCGUGCGCGCGACGCUCGGCGCGCGCGACGACGACGACGACGACGACGACGACGACGGACGCUGGACGCUGGACACGAAGUAUUACGUCGCCGACGUGCGCGCGCGCGUCGUCGACGACGCGACGGCGGGCGAGAAACGCGAGAGUGCGUCGCGCGCGCGUCGUGGACGCGCGCGCGCGGUGGUGCUGGCGUGCGGGAGCGCGGAGGAGUUCGCGCGCGGGCGGGACGCGCUCGAGCGGGACGCGCGAGACGACGAGGACGCGACGGAAGCGUUCGAGGGCGUCGACGCGCGGAUCGUGGCGUACGACGUGAGCGAGGCGCGCGAGACGGGCGUGCCCGAAGACGUGCGGGCGUGGGCGCUGGAUCGGAUGUUUGAGGUGGUGGAGGUGCGGUUGGACGACGCGGCGGCGGACGAGGCGCUGACGAGGGACGCGGCGAAGGACGAGGACGCGCACGGCGUUCGAAGGACGAUAGCGGCGUUGGAAGCGACGAUGUGGGACGUGUUGGAACUGAAGAGUUUAGGGGAAGAGAGUGAUUUGGGGAGAGAGAUGCGGGCGACGACGACGACGAGGACGCGCGAGGACGUCGAGGCGCUGGCGGUGGCAAACGGGCUGCUCGGCGACGACGCGGCCGAGUCGCCGAGCGCGAUGGGCGAGGGCGUGGUGCAGGCGCGCAUAGCCGCGUUGUACGACGACGCGUUGGCGUUAAAGGAGGAGGAGCGUUUGGAAAAACUGGCCGACAUUCUCGCCGGCGACCUGUCGUUAUAG